CAGCGCUGCCGAGGGGGCGCGGUCGGCACAAGCCGGGGGGCUGGGGACCCGACUGCACGACCCGACUGAAUAGACCCGCGGACCUCGGAAGGGGAUCGGCGAGCGCAGACCUGGAGCAGUCGUGAAACCGAGCGGCGCUGAGGACAAGAACCCGAUCUGCACUCCGGGGCGCGGCGGGCUCGGGUGACCUCGGGCGGCCAGGGAGCAGGUGAACAGGUCCUCGUUGCAAGCUCCGCACUCCCGCGCGCUCUCGCCCCAGGCCCUGCUCUGCUCCAGCUGGCGGCCAUGGGCCCGGGCACCCGCCGCGUGCCCGCCGCCCCGCGCCCCAUACUUUGUGCACUUGCUUUGAUGGUGGCGGCAGGAGGCCGCCUUGCCUCUGCCUUCAACCUGGACACCCGAUUCUUGGUGGUAAAGGAGGCCAGGAACCCGAGCAGCCUCUUCGGCUACUCGGUCGCCCUCCACCGGCAGACGGAACGGCAGCAGCGCUACCUGCUCCUGGCUGGUGCCCCCCAGGACCUUGCUGUCCCCGCUGAUGGCUACACCAACCGGACCGGUGCUGUGUACUUGUGCCCACUCACUGCCCAAAAGGAUGACUGCGAGCGGAUGGACAUCACGGAGAAAAGUGACCCUGACCAUCACAUUAUUGAGGACAUGUGGCUUGGGGUGACUGUGGCCAGCCAGGGCCCUGCAGGAAGAGUUCUGGUCUGCGCCCACCGCUACACUCAGGUGCUGUGGUCAGGAUUAGAGGACCAGCGGCGCAUGGUUGGCAAGUGCUAUGUGCGUGGCAAUGACCUCGAGCUGGACCCCAGCGAUGACUGGCAGACCUACCACAAUGAGAUGUGCAACAGCAAUACCGACUACUUGGAGACGGGCAUGUGCCAGCUGGGUACCAGUGGCGGCUUCACCCAGAACACUGUGUACUUCGGAGCCCCAGGAGCCUACAACUGGAAAGGAAACAGCUACAUGAUCCAGCGGAAGGAGUGGGAUUUGUCUGAGUACAGUUACAAGGACCCUGAGGACGAAGGGAACUUCUAUAUUGGGUACACAGUGCAGGUUGGCAGUGCCAUCCUAAACCCCACGAACAUCACCAUUGUAACAGGUGCCCCGCGGCACCGACAUAUGGGUGCUGUCUUCUUGCUGAGCCAGGAGGUAGGCGGAGAUCUGCGCAGGAGGCAGGUGCUAGAAGGCACCCAGGUGGGCGCCUAUUUUGGCAGUGCCAUUGCCCUGGCAGACCUGAACAAUGAUGGGUGGCAGGACCUCUUGGUGGGUGCUCCCUACUACUUCGAGCGGAAGGAGGAGAUAGGGGGAGCCGUCUAUGUUUUCAUGAACCAGGCAGGCACUUCCUUCUCUGCCCAGCCUUCUCUCCUUCUUCACGGCCCCAGUCGCUCUGCCUUUGGCUUCUCUGUGGCCAGCAUCGGUGACAUCAACCAAGAUGGAUUCCAGGACAUUGCCGUGGGAGCUCCGUUCGAGGGCUUGGGCAAAGUAUACAUCUACCACAGCAGCUCCGGAGGCCUUCUCAGACAGCCCCAACAGGUAAUUGACGGAGAGAAGCUGGGACUGCCUGGCCUGUCCACCUUUGGCUACUCCCUGAGUGGGCAGAUGGAUGUGGAUGAGAACUUCUACCCUGACCUACUGGUCGGGAGCCUGUCGGACCGCAUUGUGCUGCUGCGGGCCCGGCCUGUUAUCAACAUCCUUCAUCGGACCUUGGUGGCCAGGCCAGCGGUAUUGGACCCCACACUUUGCACAGCAACCUCCUGUGUGCAGGUGGAGCUGUGCUUUGCUUACAACCAGAGUGCCGGGAACCCCAACUACAGGCGAAACAUCACCCUGGCCUACACGCUGGAGGCUGACCGUGACCGACGCCCGCCCCGCCUCCGCUUUGUGCGCAGCCAGUCGGCCGUCUUCCAUGGUUUCUUCUCCAUGCCAGAGAUGCGCUGCCAGACGUUGGAACUGCUCCUGAUGGACAACGUCCGUGACAAGCUCCGCCCCAUCGUCAUCUCCAUAAACUACUCUUUACCCCUGCGCUUGCCCGAGCGUCCCCGCUUGGGGCUGCGAUCCCUGGACGCUUACCCGGUCCUCAACCAGGCGCAGGCUUUGGAGAACCACACGGAGGUCCAGUUCCAGAAGGAGUGCGGGCCGGACAACAAGUGCGACAGCAACCUGCAGAUGCGGGCGGCCUUCGUUUCCGAGCAGGGGCAGCAGCUGAGCAGGCUGCAGUACAGCAGAGACGUCCGUAGACUGCUCCUGAGCAUCAACGUGACCAACAUCCCCAGCCGGGAGCGCGCCGGGGAGGACGCACACGAGGCCUUGCUCACUCUGGAAGUGCCGCCCGCCCUGUUGCUGUCCUCAGUGCGCCCGGCGGGGACCUGUCAAGCUAAUGAGACCAUCCUUUGCGAGCUGGGGAACCCCUUCAAGCGCAACCAGAGGAUGGAGCUACUCAUUGCCUUCGAAGUUAUCGGGGUGACAUUGCACACAAGGGACCUUGAGAUCCAACUGCAGCUCUCCACGUCAAGUCACCAGGACAACCUGCAGCCUGUGACCUUGAGUCUGCUGGUGGACUACACACUCCAGGCCUCACUCAGCAUGGUAAAUCACCGGCUACAAAGCUUCUUUGGGGGGACAGUAAUGGGAGAGGCUGCUAUGAAAACCACGGAGGAUGUGGGAAGCCCCCUCAAGUAUGAAUUUCAGGUGGGCCCCAUGGGAGAGGGCCUGACUGCGCUGGGGACCCUCAUUCUAGGUCUGGAGUGGCCUUAUGAAGUUGCCAAUGGCAAGUGGCUGCUGUACCCUGCCGAGAUCACCAUCCAUGGCAAUGGGUCGUGGCCCUGCCAACCACCUGGGGAUCUUGUUAAUCCUCUGAAUCUUACUCUCUCUGACCCUGGGGACAAGCCACCAUCCCCACAGCGCAGACGGCGCCAGCUGGACCAAGGAGAUCAGACCUUGCCGCCUGUCACUCUUGCUGCUGCUAAAAAAGCCAAGUCUGAGACUGUGCUGACCUGUGCCAAUGGCCGUGCCCGCUGUGUGUGGCUGGAGUGCCACAUUCCUGAUGCCCCCUCUAUCACCAAUGUGACUGUGAAGGCACGUGUGUGGAACAGCACCUUCAUUGAGGAUUACAGAGACUUUGACCGGGUCAGGGUAGAUGGCUGGGCCACACUGUUCCUGCGAACCAGUGUCGCUUCCAUCAACAUGGACAACAAGACGACGUGGUUCUCCGUGGACAUCGACUCGGAGCUGGUGGAGGAGCUGCCGGCCGAGAUCGAACUAUGGGUGGUGCUUGUGGCCGUGGGCGCGGGGAUGCUCCUGCUCGGACUGAUCAUCCUGUUACUGUGGAAGUGUGACUUCUUCAAGCGGACGCGCUACUACCGGAUCAUGCCCAAGUACCACGCUGUGCGUAUUCCGGAGGAGGAGCGCUACCCACCCCCCGGGAGCACCCUGCCCACCAAGAAGCACUGGGUGACCAGCUGGCAGACCCGGGACCGAUACUACUGACAAACUCCUCGGCCCCGCCCUCCUCCCCAGGGCCCUUACCCUCCUAUUUAUCGUUAAGUUAUGCCCCUGCGGGUGCGCAGGCUCAGGCACCUCCACAGGCGCUGGCCUGGGCUGUUUGUGGCUGUGGCCAUCUCUCCCGCAGGAAGAUUGAGCCAUGGGGACUCUGCAACUGCAAGCAGCCUGCAGCCCAGCGCCCUGGACACCCAGGGACGGUGUCUUUGUGCCCCACAGUGUGCGCUGAGCACCAGCGAGGACCAAACUAUGGCGCCCCCCGCCCCGCCCGCGUAGGGCGAGAAAGGUCCCCCUUCCCGGUUCACACUGGAUCCACCCUGAGCCAUGGUCACUGGAGGGACUCGACUGUCCAGAGGAAGACUACUGAGAGGAACCUGCCCGCUGGGAUCCACUGCCAGAGGUGGCUGGGGGAACCCGCAGGACCUGCCAUUGCUCAGACUCCAGCAAGGGAACUAAGGGCCAGCCAUAUCUCCCAGCCACACGAUGGACUAGCCAGGGAGGUGGACCAGGACCAUGCUGCUGUGCCAGGAUCUCCCAGAGGGCCACAGGCUAGGCAAGAGGACAGAAGAGAUGCCACUUGUGACCCUGCAGUCCAGUCCCAGGCACACAUGGCCCAGAGAGAGACCCUGCAAUCCUCUAGGGAGGAAACGAUGCCUGGUAUAGAAGAGGGCCAGGGUCCGAAGCCACUGUGUUGUCUCCCUCCCUGCUGAUGACAACAGCCAUGUUCCUGGCUGCCAUUGGCCUUCAGAGCCAACCUGACUCUGCCUCAGUGGGCUGCAGCCCAAGGCCUAUUCCCAGAGUUGAGGCUGGGAAAUCUCCCGCCCUCUGCCCAUGGGCAGGCACCCACCCAGCCCCUCUCCCAGUCCACGGUACUGUAGCAGGGGAGCUGCUCCCCCAUCCUUGUGCCUUCUUUGUACAGAGGCUUCUCAUGGCAACCAAUAAAGAGCUCCCAGUUUA